AUGUAUGCCAAGUGUGGAGAUAUGGUGAAAGCUCGAGCAGUUUUCAAACGCAUGCCUAGCCGGGACGUUGUCGUUUGGACGAGCUUGAUCCAGGGAUAUGUGGACAACGGUGAGAGCGAGCUCGGGUUGGAACUCUUGGAGAGCAUGGACUGUGCUCCAAACUCUCGGACUCUUGUAGCGGGACUUACGGCCUGUGGGAACGUUGGGUCCAGUGAAGCUGGAAGGAAAAUCCAGGCUGAGCUUUACAAGCGUGGGCUGGAAGACGACCAAGUUGUGGGGACGUGCAUGGUAAACUUCUACGGGAAGUGCGGAGUUAUGAGUGCGGCCGAGCACUUGUUUGGAUCUCUGGCAGUCCGAGAUAUCGUCGCCUGGAAUGCACUGAUCACAGGAUUCGGCCAACAGGGUGACACGUCGCGCGUGUUCGAAGCCUUUUGCGAGAUGCGAGAAGAUGGCGUGCGAGCAAACGCGAUCACGUUUGUCUCGGUCAUCACUGCUUGCAGCCACGGCGGCCUGGUUGAACGAGGCAGGGAGUUUUUCCACGCAAUGGACCCGGACUCUGGCAUUGUUUGUGGGAUUCAUCACUACAGCAGCUUGGUGGAUCUCUUCGGGCGUGCAAACCGACUAGAAGAGGCCGUGAAAGUCCUCGAGAACAUGCCUUUGAGAGCGGACGCUGUGGUUUGGAGGAGCGUCCUCGGGGCCUGCCGUAAGUGGAAGAACGUGGAAGUGGGGAGGAUUGCGUUCGAGGCACUGACUAAGAUCGACGAGAAAGACUCGGCUGCGUACGUUCUGAUGGCGAGCAUCUACCGGAGCGCGGGGCUGUGGGAGGAUCAUGAUAAGCUCAAGACUAUACAGGAGGCGGCCUUGAAAGCGGAUAGGAAGAGUUUAAGGAUUCAUCUACGAGCAGAUUGA